AUGACUGCUCUAUUUUCUCUGUACCAUGCCCCGUCUGCGUCAUUUCCUUCUACUUCUUUCGGCACUCCACUGAGUACUCUGAAACAUCUAUCUUCCUUUCCAAGAAUCAAAAGAACCCUCCAGUUCAAGAGAACACUCUUUAUAAACUCUCUUCUCUCAGCUGAGAGUGACCCAUCAGUACCACCGCAGGUCCAGACCUUCUGGCAAUGGCUCCGGGAAGAAGGAGUGGUCUCCUCUAAGACUCCGGUGAGACCAGGUGUCGUACCGGAAGGUUUAGGAUUGGUUACCCAGAGAGAUAUUGCUAAAACGGAGAGAGAAGCUGGGGGAAGACUCCCAAUGGCGACAUUAUAUAGACAUUCUUCCAGAGUAUACCAAUUCUACUAUAUAUUGUGCAGGUCAGAAGAGGAGCUUUCCGAGAUUCAAGGAACCCAACUACUGAGCACAACAUUGGAUGUGAAAAAAUAUGUUCAGAGUGAAUUUCUGAAAGUGAAAAAAGAAGUCAUACUUCCUAACAGGCAGCUUUUCCCGUUUCCUAUUUCAUUGGAUGACUUCUUUUGGGCAUUUGGGAUAAUCAGAUCAAGGGCAUUUUCCCGUCUUCGUGGUCAAAGUCUUGUUUUGAUCCCACUUGUGGACUUGAUCAAUCACAGCCACACCGUAACCACAGAAGAUCAUGCCCAUGAGAUUCCAGGACCAGCAGGUCUUUUCUCCUGGGAUCUCCUGUUUUCUUUACGGAGCCCAGCACCAGUCAAGGCUGGUGAGCAGGUAUUUAUCCAAUACAAUUUGAAAAAGAGCAAUGCUGAGUUCGUUUUGGACUAUGGAUUUGUAGAUUUAAUGCCAGGCCGCGAUAAAUAUAUGCUAACAUUAAAAAUAUCUGAGUCAGACCCAUAUUUUGGGGACAAGCUGGACAUUGCGGAGUCUAAUGAUCUGGGACAAACUGCCUGCUUCGAUAUCAUAUUGGAUCGUCCUCUUCCACCAACAAUGUUUCCUUAUCUGCGCCUCAUAGCUCUUGGGGGAUCAGAUGCUUUCCUUCUGGAAUCAUCUUUCACAGACUCUGUUUGGCACCACCUUGAAUUGCCUGUUAGUCGCGCCAACGAGGAGCUCCUCUGUCGAAGCGUUCAGCACGUGUGCAAAUCCGCACUUUCUGGUUAUCAUACCACCCUCGAAGAGGAUGAGAAAUUGAAGGAAGAAGGAAACCUCGAUCCAAGGCUUGAGAUAGCAGUUGGGAUAAGGGCAGCGGAGAAGAAGGUGUUGCAACAAAUUGAAACGAUCUUUAACGAGAGGGAACUAGGAUUGGAUGGAUUGGAAUAUUACCAUGAUAGGAGACUGAAAGAGCUUGGUCUGGUUGGGGAGCAAGGUGAAAUCAUCUGUCAGCCUAAGUAGGAUACCAUUUACUCCACAUGGUUUUGUUAAUGUGCGGUGAUCAAGAGAAUUUCAUCACAGGUCCUAAAUGAACAAUAUGUUUGUUACUCGACCCUUUCGAGAUCUCAAGGAGUGGAAAGAAGGUAACAGCUCACAAACAUCUUUUCUUAAUUUGUACUGCAUCACCUCCACCAAGUUGUACCAAGUUGAGCUUCACAUGCUACAAGUAGCAGUCAUAGUUUCAUGGAUUCUUUCAAUGUUUUCCAAAUUCCUAUGGCUUUGAACUACUCAUAUGUUUCCUGCUUUCCCAGAAAGUUUUCACUUUCGGGACGAUUUGUUGUAUGAUGCACUCUCUGUAAAGUUAGCAACCAAGUUACUCUUCAUUUUUUCUUUUGCAUAGACAAUAAUAACUGAUGGGUCCAGUUUAGAAAUGCAAACCAGGUCCAAACCAGGUCCAGUUCAAAUAUAUAGGU